UGGGUACCAGACCAGUAGGAGGAGCUGUUGUGGGUGAGCCAGCCAGGCCUUCGAGCUCUUCGACUUAUUCAUCAAAAGUCAGUUGAACUCUGAAUGCCUUCAAGACUAGAGGCUGCGGAUUGGCUCUGCGAACGUGUCGAAGUUACUUUAUCGUCCAGCUGACUACCGAAAAGAGAAUCGAAAUGGCCAGAAUUCUCUUGGUAUGCGCCGCAGUUCUCCUGGCUGUGGCAUCUGCCUCCGCUUCUCUGAAGUGUCUCAAAUGCAGUGACUGCGAUAAAGAGCCGUCUACCUCUUCCAACUGCCUACCAGGAUUCGGUGUUUGCAUGAAAACCAAUGUAGGAGGUAAAAUAAGAAAGGGCUGUGCCCCGAGUGCUGUUUGCAAGCUGCAGGAUGUUGACAGGACGUCAAUCAAUCCCCUAAAGAGUCUCAAAACCAUCUUCAGUGACCAUGACUUCAAGAAGCUCUUCCACGACACUGUCCACGCCAAAGAUAAAGUCGUCCACUGCUGCGAAACCGACUUCUGCAACGGAUCAUCAGACAAGAGAGCCACCCUGAGUCUCCUGCUCAUACUGCCUUCCGUCUUGUACUUCUUCGGCUUCUGAAGGCGUUGUACUACCUGCCAGAGAGUCCAACACACUUCCAGAUAGUCUAACACACACACACAAGCACACUUUUACAGAUGAACUAACAGCUUCCAGCUACUUUUGCCUUGUAAUAUUAUAGCUGGCAAGAUAUUUUAUUCAACAAACCUCUGCCCGAGAGCGGUUGCCUCAAGGCUGCCCAGAAUUGGAAUGGCAGUUUUCACUUAAUUAGAUGAUGUUUGGGUGAAUAUGAUUGUUCCAAUAAUCUCAGCUGUAAGAUGUGUAUAUACAAGGACCAGAAGAUAUUUUUUAUCAUACCUUCAGCUUGUUUAAAAAUACAUUGUUCUUUUGGUUAUAUUCCCCAAAUACUGGUUACAUUGUCUUUUUUUUUCCAAAUACCGGUCAGUUCUAUGUUUACGUUUUAUACUCAGCGUGUUUACCCGUUUUUAUUCAGUUAUUCAGAGUAUAUCUCCUUAUUUAUCGGAAUGUUUCUUGUUUUAUAUUACUAUUGCAUAUAUAUACGUAUAUAUAAUAUAUAUAUAUAUAUAUCUAUAUAUAUAAUAUAUAUAUAUAUAUAAUUAUAUAUAUAUAUAUUUAUAUAUAUAUGGUUUGUAAUCGGAGGUGCUAAUUUGCAGUGUCAUAAGUUUGAUCUUGUCAAAGCAGUAGGCGUACCUGUGUUAAAUUCAUCUCAUUUUUAGCAUAACCAUUACCUCAAGAAGAUUAAUGAUGAAAACAAAAUCACUGUUUGGUAAAGUUUGAUUGUAUAUUGAGCUGGUAAAAGUAUGGAACCGGUAUUUCUUCACUUUCAGUAUGAUAUGCAAAUAUCAGCAAGCUGCUGCCGAACAUCAACCAUCGGGCAACCAUGUCCAUUUGAGUGUUGCCAUCUUUGGUAAAUUUAUUUGAUAUAGGAAUCGAGUACACUCACUGUAUUGCUUCAUUAGAUGUUGGUUUCAUGUGGUAAAGUGAUACUUUUGAAGGUUAGUGUAUGCUCGUUAGUAAAUAGCUGUUGAUGUGUUAGGGAUUUAGAAGAAAAAGUUGUCUUUAUUUUCAUGAUUUUCUAAUGACAUUGUAAUGAAUAACAAUGAUUUAUGAGAGAUAUGAUCCGAAAGUCUUCAUAUUGUCAGUAUUUUGUAAUAUUUACUGUAGCGAGGGGGAAAGAAUUUUCAAUUUUAUUUAAAUAAUAGUUUAUAAGCCAUUUUGAGUAAAAUUUAUAUUCUAACAUAUACGAAGAAGUAAUAAAUUUGUAUGAAAUGU